CUAAAAGUUCGCUUCGCCAGUUUACGCGUUUUCUUGAACAGCGGCUAUUCGACUUCGUAAAUAGGCGAUUGUGGGGUUGUUUUCGGAGCAAUUUCAAUCACAAGAAACUUCCAUCGAUUGACUUUAUCUUCAUUGCAAGCUUAUAUGUUUACCAAUAGCCAGAGGCAAGAAGAGCGUACUGGAAAAUAUGGAACUCCAAGGGUGAAAUAUCUUCAGGACUUGGUUUCUCAAUUUCAGAAUACAACUAGUGAAGAAUCAAAAGAGAAGAUUGUUGCUAAUUUGGCGAAUUUUGCAUAUGAUCCUUACAAUUAUACAUUCUUGCGUCAGCUCAAUGUUUUGGAACUUUUCCUCGACUGCAUUACGGAACCAAAUGAGAAGUUAGUGGAAUUUGGCAUUGGAGGGAUCUGCAAUUCUUGUGUUGACCCAGCAAAUGCUGCAAUUGUCAGUCAGUGUGAUGGAAUCCCUCUCAUCAUUCAAUGUUUAUCAAGUCCUGUUAGAAACACGGUUAAUUAUGCUCUUGGAGCUCUGUAUUAUCUCUGUAACGCAUCCAACAAGGAAGAGAUUUUGAAGCCAGAGGUGGUGGAUGUCAUUGAAAGGUACGCUGCAGCUGGCGCAGUUAGUUUAAACUUCAGUAAUCUAGCACAGGCAUUUUUAGAUAAGCAUGUCUCCAAAUGCAAAUGACAGAGGAAGCCUAUUUUGAUAACGAGCCAUUACAUGACAUCCAUUCAUUUAGAAGAAUCUGUUUUGUAUCAUUCUACUAUCACUGUUUGAAGAAUCUGUUUUGUAUCAUUCUACUAUCACUGUUUGAUUUUCUUUAUUGUCAUCAACCAUCUAUAGUGUUUUCUAUGGUA